AUGAUUCCCUUAGCCAAAAUCCAUGACAAAAAUGAAGGGUUCCUUGUAAACGACCAACUCAUGAUAGUUGCCGAGGUAGAUGUUCUUGAAGUUGUUGGUACCUCAGAGAAAUCUGAAGAGACAAAUCCUCUGAGCCAGUUCAGCAGUUUGAUGUCGCCAAUUACUGACUGUAUACGAGAUGGACAGUUCCCUUGGACGCCGGACGCAGCGCGGGCCUUUGAUAUCAUCAAAGAGAAGCUCUGCUCAGCCCCAGUCCUCGCUCUUCCCGACUUCAACCUUGUCUUUGAAUUGCAUUGUGAUGCAUCAAAAACAGGAAUUGGUGCAGUGCUUAGCCAACGAGGUCGUCCCAUCGCUUUCUUUAGUGAGAAGUUGGCUGGUGCAAUAAAACAUUGGAGGCACUAUCUAUUUCACAAGGAGUUUGUGCUUUACACCGAUCAUGACGCACUUAAGCAUCUCAGUAGUCAAGGAAAGCUCUUGACCGAGUUACACAGAGAAGGACAUGUCGGACGAGAUCAAACACCACAGCUCGUUUCUUCUUCUUCUUUCUGGCCUUCUCUGCGCCGUGACGUCGAAAAGUUUGUCGAACGUUGUGUCACUUGUCAACAAUCUAAAGGCUUUGAAGAGAAGGCUAAGGGCUGGGGUUUUCCAUCCAUGCUUUCUCUUGAUGAAAUUAAUGCCAAAGAUAGUGGGUUCCUGGUGAAUGGGGAGCUCAAGAUUGUUGUCGAGAUAGAACUUCUUGAAAUUAUUUGCAAAGUAGAGGUUAAUGGGUUUCACCUUCUUUCUUCACAGGUGGAAUCUGUGAGCCGUAUGUUUGAAAAACAUCCAGAAACUGCCUCUGAAGUACAUCUAAAGAACCCAAAUCUUAGGACAGGUUACAUGAGUUUGCUACUAAGUCUGAUAGAUACUCUGUGCCAGUCUCCUCACAAGCUCCCCAAGGAUGAUCUGGAUGAGGCGCACUAUGCACUGGAAUCAUUGACUGAUGCUGGUUUUAAGUUGGAUUGGUUGGAGAAGAAAAUUUCUCAAGUGUCAGAAAUGAAGGAGAAAGAGAAAGAUGGUGAGAGUCGUAGGCAAGAUAUUGAGAAAGAGUUGAAAGAUUUAAAGCAGAAGUGCUCAGAUGUGGAAGCUCAGCUGGAGAAGGAGAAGUCAGAGGCGUUGGCUGCAAAAGCUCCCUUCUCAUUCGAUGAUAUUAUUCAAUGAUCUUGAGUUAUUAGAAUUUAGAAGUUUGUUCUUAUUUGGUUAUGCAAUGUUGUUUGAAUACUUGUGUCACUUCAUGAAAGUAACUGAAACUCUCUUUUUUUUA